AUGGCCCUCAAAUAUGCAAACCUUUCUGUGGAUGAAAGCCUGGAUAUUAAUGGCAUCCCAAAGCUGCAGCAGUUUAUCAGAGCUACAGCUGCUGAUUUUGAUGUGAUGGAAGAAUUAUUAGAUAUGGAACAACUGGAGGAGAAAUUAAAAUCACUUGUGCGGGUGCUGGAUAUUGAAGCUGAAUAUGGUGGACAUGACCAGAUAGAUUUGUAUGAUGAUGUCAUUUCUCCAUCUGCAAAUAAUGGCGAUGCCCCAGAGGACCGUGAUUAUAUGGACUCUCUCCCACCAUCAGUUGGAGAUGAUGUAGGUAAAGGAACAGCACCAAAUGUUGUCUACACAUAUACUGGGAAGAGGAUUGCAUUGUACAUUGGAAAUCUUACAUGGUGGACAACAGAUGAAGACUUAACUGAAGCAGUCCAUUCACUGGGAGUAAAUGAUAUUUUGGAGAUAAAAUUUUUUGAAAACCGUGCUAAUGGCCAGUCAAAGGGGUUUGCCCUUGUAGGUGUAGGAUCUGAAGCAUCCUCCAAAAAGUUAAUGGAUCUCUUACCUAAAAGAGAAUUGCAUGGACAAAAUCCUGUUGUAACUCCAUGCAAUAAACAGUUCCUGAGUCAAUUUGAAAUGCAGUCAAGGAAAACCACACAAUCAGGCCAGAUGUCUGGAGAAGGUAAAGCUGGCCCUCCAGGAGGUGGCUCACGUGCAGCAUUUCCGCCAAAUAACAGAGGCCGAGGCCGUUUUCCAGGUGGCAUUCCAGGUGGGGACAGAUUCCCGGGACCAGCAGGACCAGGAGGACCACCGCCUCCUUUCCCGGCUGGACAAACUCCACCACGUCCACCUCUAGGUCCUCCUGGUCCCCCAGGCCCACCAGGUCCACCUCCUCCUGGUCAAGUUCUUCCUCCUCCAUUAGCUGGUCCUCCUAAUCGUGGUGACCGUCCACCACCACCAGUUCUGUUUCCUGGACAACCCUUUGGUCAGCCUCCUCUAGGUCCACUUCCUCCUGGUCCUCCACCUCCAGUUCCAGGCUAUGGCCCUCCUCCAGGUCCACCACCACCACAGCAGGGUCCACCUCCACCUCCCGGCCCUUUUCCCCCUCGUCCACCUGGUCCACUUGGGCCUCCCCUGACACUUGCUCCUCCUCCACAUCUUCCUGGGCCACCUCCAGGUGCUCCCCCACCUGCUCCACACGUGAAUCCAGCUUUCUUCCCCCCACCAGCCAAUAGUGGCAUACCUACUUCAGAUAGUCGUGGUCCACCACCAACAGAUCCAUAUGGCCGACCUCCACCUUAUGACAGGGGUGACUAUGGUCCACCUGGCAGGCGUUUCACUGGAAAUAACAUGUCCAUAAGAGAACAAUUACAUAUUCCAUUGUAUUGGAGGCAUACGAAAAAUAAUACUCAAAACUCAGGGAGAGAAAUGGAUGCUGCAAGAACACCUUUAAGUGAAGCCGAGUUUGAAGAAAUCAUGAAUAGAAAUAGGGCCAUCUCAAGCAGUGCCAUUUCAAGAGCUGUGUCAGAUGCCAGUGCUGGGGACUAUGGAAGUGCUAUAGAGACUUUAGUAACUGCCAUUUCCUUAAUUAAGCAAUCCAAAGUGUCUGCUGAUGAUCGUUGUAAAGUACUUAUUAGCUCUCUUCAGGAUUGCCUUCAUGGAAUUGAGUCCAAAUCUUAUGGUUCUGGAUCAAGAAGACGUGAACGGUCAAGAGAGAGGGACCACAGCAGAUCAAGAGAAAAAAGCAGGCGUCACAAAUCCCGUAGCAGAGAUCGCCAUGAUGACUAUUACCGGGAAAGAAGCCGUGAACGAGAGAGACAUCGUGAUCGUGACAGAGAUCGUGAUAGAGAGCGUGACAGAGAACGAGAGUAUCGUCAUCGUUAGAGAAGCUGAAGGAAGAGGAACACCUUGCAAGACAAGAAACAUUCUUCAUGGAAAGAUGCUUGUCCAGCGGUUUGCUUCUUGUGAUUGAACUGAGCCUAUAAGGAUUCAUGGAUAAAAUGAACAGGAAUAGAUCUGAAUAAAGCAAAUCUGCAUACAUGGUAACCAGUAGCUCUUUUACUUUUUUAUGUUGCUUAACUGUUUUAUUUGAGGGAAACCUGUGUGAUUUAAAACUUAUAGCUUUUGCAACUUUAUUACUGGUUAUAUACAUUUGGCAAUUAUAAUGUGCAAGCAAUUGGAAAAAAAGUCAAGUAAAUCCUUGUUUUUAUAGUAGUUUGUUCUUGUUAAAAAUGUUCAUAUGAUGAUGUCUGUACACAGCACCACUUUGAUUACAGUAGAUGUAGUGUUGUAAUAAACUCUUUAAUGGGGCUGAUGUGUAAAGCUGUUCCAGUUAUUUGAUGUUUACACCUCAGGGAAAGUCUUGUGUUCAGCAAUAUUUAAAUAUGAUGAUUCUAUGAAAACAUUUAUAUUGUGUUUAAAAAGCAUUGCAAUAGAGUUUUUGCAUAUGCAUCUACCUAAUCUUGCAUUCAGAGAGUUAAAAAUGUGAAUGCCACUCUUUCACACUUGAUUUUGAUAUACAAUUAGGUUAUUACACAAAGGCUUUAAUUGCUUUUCUAGCAAUUUUUACAUAUAUGACUUGUAAAUUUGCUGAAAGGCAUGUAAAAUUGUAUAAACUGCAGUUUGUUUAAUAUUAUGUGAUCCACAUAGUCUGUCAUUGUUUUGGGGAGAGGAAAUCCUGGGUUUAUGAUUUUAGUAAACUGAAAACUAACUCCUCCAACAUGCAGCUGGACUAAGACACGACAGUUUACAUUAUUUUCAUUUAAACUGUUAACUUUGGGAAAAUGCUGGCCUUUUUGAAGUACAGCUACAGUUAUGGUUUUAUGUUAAUAAUGUUUGUGUUUUAGCUUUUUCCCUAGGCCAUAGGCAGUCUGUACAAAGCUGUAUAUUAGAAAAAUGUGAGUGACAAAACCAGUCAUGAUUACUCCACUUUUUCAGAUAAUAUGGAUUCCAGUGGGCUUGGUAUUUUCUUAACACGGGUUUAUCCAUGCAUCCGUGUAAAAAGGGCAAGGUACAUUUGUACAUCCCUUGUGCACUGGUGGGGAAUACUUUACUGCCUUAGCAAAACGGUGAAAUUGACUAAUUUAGUCAUGAGGUUUUGCAAACUUGUCUUAAAAACAAUUUGUUGGAGGCUGGAAUUCAAAUAUAUUAACUAUCAGAACGUGAACUAAAGAGUGAAAGCAAAUUUCAAAUUACUAGAAUUUGUUCUAAAUUUUAUGAAGGAUAAAAUAUUGAAUAAUAGGAAGCGUGUAUAACACUUGACAAAUUUACAAUUUGCUUUUACUGACUGGUGUGGAUAUUCAUUCUUGAAACAUACUUUUAAUCACUUUAAUAGAUUAGUCUGAGUUUUCACUUGUACAAAUAGCUUGCUGAGCAUGAUUUUUUAAAAUGUUUUAAACUAAGUUUCAAGACCUCAGUGGCUUCAAAAGGUAAUCUUUAAAACAAAUCAUUGGUUUGUUUUAUAACUGAAUUUUAUGUUAAGUAUUAAGGCCCCAUUAAGGAUAUUGAACUUGGGCCUGUAUCCUGUGCAACUGCAAAUGCUUUCCAUAACACUGAGAAUCUUAACUUUUAAUUUUUGUCAUCUAUCAUCAUGCUAGAUUUACUGAAUGGCUUAUACUAUUGGACUUUUCCAUAUUUCUCUGCGCAUUUUUAUUUCUUAACUUCUGUACCUCAGUACCUCCGUUUUUCAUGCAUGGGAUCAUUGUUGUUUGUCAAACUUACUUUUGAAAAAUAAUUAAGAUGUUUAACCCUGUUUAAAAAUGAAAACUGAUUUUUAAAUCUUUGUAUACUAAACAUUGUAUCAAACAUGUCACAUGACUUUUUCCUGUGUUCGUGAAUAGGUGUUGGUUUUAAUCAGUUUUGAUGUAAUUUCUUACAUUUUUUUAACAAACAUUGUUUAUUUACUGUUACUUGUAAUAAGUUUAAAGGAAGAAAUAACCUGCACAUACCUGUUACAUGGGAAAUAAAUAAUGCUGAAAGGGCAGCAGGUAAGUAAUGUGUCCAUAUGGCUAGAAAUCUUAAACCCAGAAAAGAAGUAUUUUUAAAUUUCAUGACUAAAAUUAAAAAAAAUUAAGCAGGAACAAAGAUUUUGCUCAAUUAGUUGUUUGAAAUUGAUUAAUUAUAUUGUUACUCUUUCCACGCUGGGUAUCAUUACUUUGCCUUCUCAUUCUUCGGUAAAGAUUUCCAUUGCUGGCAGUGGAGACACAAAAGUAGCCAACAUAGAAGUUAAACUUUUAAUAGAAAUCUGUUUGGCUUGUUGGUAAGAUCCUAAUAUAUAAGGCCUCUAAUUUUUAUCUAGUCUCAAUAUGUACACUAAAACCUGCACUAACCGGAACUGUAAAAACGAGCAAAUUUCUGACGCUGGGAAAAGCAAAACAAAAAGGAAACUGGCCUUUUAAGUUCCGGGCUGCUCCUCAGACGAGUGUGCAGCACGUACUUGGGGGAAUGUUGAAUGACAGCCAAAAGCAAGCAACAAGUAUCUCGGCUUCUGGCACCCCUGACAGGCCAGCCCCCCUGCUGCCCCCUCCUUCCGGCAGGCUGCCUCCGUCUCGUGGUUACCACCCCCUCUCACCAGCCCGCAUUUACUCCCCACAGCUCGUGGGCCUUUCCCCCCCUUCCUCCCAGCAGGCCACAUCUCGGCCCCCGCAUGGCUUCCGUGCCCCCCUCCUCCCCAGAUAACCAGAUUUUGUAGGUUACCGGCACACCCUAAUCCUCAGGGAUGCCGGGUAACACAGGUUUUACUGUAUAUAUUUUGAGCGGUUAGAUAGUUCCCUGAUGUGUCUUGUAAUUAGAUGGAUUAUCUUUUCAUUGUGAGUUUAUUUUUAUCAACUCUAUUUUGGUUUAAAGUGAAAAGAUCAUGUGUGUUUAAAAAGAAUCCAAAAAGCCCAUUUAGAAACCAAAAAGGAAUAUGUUCCAGGAUACAUUUCAUGUGUAUCAUGCUCCAGUUUCUUAAGCAGUUCUGAACAUUUCCUGUGCCCUCUCAGGAGAGAUGAGUUUGUUAGUUUAUCAGCCAGUGAUGUUUCACCUGGAUAAUGUGUUGAUUGCUAUUGAAGUGUUCUUUGGUAUCCAGUUGUAUUUAAUCUGUUUCUGUUUGUGAAAGGACAGUCUGUUAAGAAGUACUUGAUAUUUUGUAUGUGGGCAUUCAUAUGGUGCUUGGCCAAAGGAUUAAACAGUUAUGUAAAAUAAUGGAUUUUUUAAAGCAACAAAAAUAAGAUUACAGUCAGAUUAGCUAAGAAAGUUAGCUUGGUUUUGGAAAAGGUAUUUUUGCAGGCCAAAAAUACUUCAGAAAAACAGUGGCCUAUAUUGGAAGCACCUUUUGCUUUCAUUCCUUCUCUGUUUUUUUUUAACGUGCCAACCUAAAAUUCAGAUUGUAUUACACAAAACUAACAUUUGUCAAACAUUUAAAAAAAAUUAAAUUGGCUCUCAUGGCGAUUGCAUUUGUACGUGUAAGACAAAAACAUAUCUCAUUAAAUUUAGGCUUUAGUUUGAUCAUUAAGAGUGGAUGUUCUAAUUAGUUUCUUUUGUUGAGACUCAUGAUUUUGGUGGCUUUUUCAGAGCUAUAUUUUUUCGAUCGGAUUAUGCUUAGUUGCAUACCCAAGUCCCUGUAAAUGUUUCCCAUAACUGUGUGUGGUUAAUAGCAGAUUUAAAUGUGUAUAUAUGUGUGUUACUUGUGUUUCUAGUAAAAAUACAGGGCAUUUUAAAGAAAUACCUUGUUUCUUUUUCCCUUUCCUUACUCCUGCCAAUGUAUAAUUUACUAACUGAUUUAACUAGUUUAUUUAUGUAAUCUUAUGUCCCUUGCAUUUACUGUUUAUCAAUGUGUUUAGUGUAAACUAGGUUAUGGCCUUAAAUCUCUCUAGCUUUCUGCUAGUGCAGGUACACUGUGUCAUAUAGCAUUAUAUAAAAUAUGUAGGUUUUAAUAUUUCAUGUGGACUUAAGACUCUAAAUUCCUUUGCAUUAAAAUUCAGAAAUAAAAACUUCAUAUUCUCAUAGAAGAAAAGUAUUGAUCAGAAUAUACAUUUUCCUGUAGCAGACAGCAUUCCUUACUAUACCAGUCUUUUGACUUUUGGAAGCAACAGCAUGAAUUUUUAGGAUGAUGAACAAUAUGUAGGUAGUAGGUGAUAUAUGUUUUUAAUGUAGUUAAAUGAUUUUAGCAUACAAGGGAAGACUUGAUGUGCAUUAUUCAGAACCUCUGGUACUCUCCUACAAUUUAGGACUUUUUACAGUGGGGUAACUUGGACUGAAAAAUUGCAUAUUAGAGGUUCUGUAAUGUUUACAAUAUUGAUAAGAUGGCAUCUUUUAAAAAUAAUGUGACCUAAAGGGUUAUCUUAGAUGCAGAUAAUUUUUAGGCUUUGCUGAAUGAAAGCUGCAGUUCAGUUUUGUGAUAAAAAUAUCCGUGGUCAUGCGUUCUCACAGGAUUUUUCCUGUAUUGGAUAAGACAUGGUAAAGCGCCCCUCGAAGGUUUUGAAGCUUUGAGGCCAUUUGAGUCCUUUCCUCACCUUUAAUUAUUCAAUGCGGAUAUUAUGUUCUGAAGUAGACCCUUCUUGUUUUAAAGACUUUCUGACCAUCUCUUGACAUGUGUUUUUGCAGACACACAUUUGAAGGUAGUAUAAUUUAUAGUUUACCACAUUGAAAUUAGGUGAAAUUGAAUCUGAAAUUUCCCAACCAAACAGAAUUAAUCAUUAAUAGAAAUGUAGUCUGACCAACUAAUAGAGCUUGUUGGUAGCAUAGCCCCUUGUUUAAUGUAUUUUGUGUAGAGAUGAUUUUGAACUGUUCGUAUUGUCACAUGUUGAGUUAUUAAAUAUAUGUUCCCAUGACAUUCUAUAAUGCUGAAAAAA